CGCACGAAGACGACGACGGAAACGGCAACGGCGCGGCAAAAAUUAUUGUGAGAAAAAUAAUUAAAUGAAAAUUCAACAAUUUAAAUCCGAAUGUGAACAGUGAACAAAUUAAGAAAAAGACCCCCUCGUGGCUUAAAAGUGUUAACUAAACAGUUUUGAUGCUUAACAAUUAACAAGUUGCAAAAUAAAUUAUUUUGUUAAACUCGCUUUCUUUGCAGUCAGCUGAAAAGUCAGCACCGCGCACAUUUUGUUAUUGGUUUCGGAUAGUUAGCAAGGCGACACACACGGAUUGGAGCUGCCCAGCUUGACGCCGCCAUGGAAUUAACAAAGCCUUUGAGUUUAUUGGCGCUCGCACUGUUCGCAGUGCUGGCAUUUUAUGGAAGCUCCGCAGAUGCCUGUAUGUGCAUGCCCUCGCAUCCACAGACGCAUUACUGCACUGCUGAUUAUGUUGUGCAGCUGCGCGUUCUGCGCAAGUCGAAUUCCAUCGAGCCGGGCAAAACCACCUUCAAGGUGCACAUAAAGCGCACCUAUAAGGCCACACCGGAGGCCCGCAGAAUGCUGCGUGACGGUCGUCUGUCCACGCCCAAUAAUGACGCGAUGUGCGGCAUUCAGCUGGACAUUGGCAAGGUGUACAUUAUAGCUGGACGCAUGCCUCAGCUAAAUCUGUGCAGCUACUACAAGGAAUACACUAAGAUGACAAUCAGCGAGCGCCACGGCUUCAGUGGCGCCUACGGCUUGGCCUGCAACUGCACGAUCACCCCAUGCUUUGGCAUGCAGUGCCUGCGACAGCGGGAGUACGCCGACGGCUGCAAGUGGUCGCCGUACGGCAAGUGCGAGCGGGACUACUCUGCCUGCGUGCCCCACAACAUCAAAUCGCCGAUGGGCGAUAUUCAGCGCUGUCGCUGGCGACGUACGCAGCUCUACAAAAAGUGCCUAAGCUAUCCGUAGAAUAUGCAAAAGGCGGCCGGAGUGCCUUCUGUUAUGCUACAGUUUUUAUUUAAAUUUUAUAUUUGAGUUUUGUGUAGAGCUUUAAUUUGUACGUUAUGCUUAAUGUGUUAUUUAUUAAUGGACGGCUUUUAGAUGUGACCACGAUUCAAUGUAGCUACUUAAUUAGUAAUUAGCUCUUAAUGUUUAAUACACUUACCAAAUCACGCGGAUUCGGGAAGAAUGUUUGCUCGAUCAACGGAAAGCCGUCGCGUCCCAGGCGACGCUGCAGCUGCAGCAGAUGCGAGAACACCCAUGGCUUGUCCUGUCCAAUAACAAUAACAAAGAUGCCAAAUGAUUGCAACAUUAACACCCACAACAGGCACUCGGAAAGAGCUCUCAACUCACCUGAAACUGGUAGAUGGAAUGCAACGAGUUGAUGCUGGGCACUCCGCCGUAUUUGAGACCCAAUAUUGUUGAUCGGUAAUCGCUGGAGCCGUCACGCGGCGGCUGACGGAUCAAUACGAAAUCCGGGCGAAAAGAGCGGGCCACCUGUUUUUGUUUUGUUUUUUUUUUUUUUUUUUUAUUUUUGUUUUGGUGUGUGAUAUUCCAAAGUUACAUUAGAAACCAAUAUGAAAAGCAGAAUAUAAUUUUGUAAUUUUAGUUGACUCUUAACUAAUUAGAUGCAAAAUGACAAAAUAAAUACGAAAAACAGCCGUUUAUCUCGCACUCCCAGCA